UUGCAACAGAGUUACCCCACACUUCGCGUCCCGAUAGCAUCCCAUUUGCCAGCGAGCAUUAUAAAAAGUCAAAUUCACGUAGAUUCAGUUCAUGAAUCUGUGUACACUCAUGGAGCGCGGCAAUUGAAAUCGGCUUCCCAGUCCUCCAUCAUCCCUAGCCAUUCCACUGUUAACUCUUUUUCGGGCGAGGUUCUCAAUUCACUGCAAGCACAAAAUGCCCCAAGCCACUUAACCUCGCCCAACUCUUCUUUGACCUCCUCAGCUACUUCCUGUUCCUUGUCAGCCUCGCCCGGCUUGCCAGAAUGCGAUGUCAGUCUCACCAAAGUCCUACCAACUUCUGGCUCCAGAGGUCGCCAGAUCCGUAGGAAUCCGACAACAUUUAGUGUUGCCUGUCGCGGAGUUGUCGCUGCAUGUCCUGACGUCAAGAGCCACAGCGGUGAGCUCAGAGCUGCUGUUCCAAGGCAGGAUCGGGUGGGCUCACGAGUUGCAAACAGAGAAGUGAAUGGGCUCGCUUCAACCAAGCCCUCAUGUACCGGCAUUGUGGGGCCGGCCUCGCGACUGGUCAGACAUGUUUCCUCAGUACGUUCUUCGGCUGGCAGUGGUGGUGGUGGUGGCGGUGUCGCCAUCGGCCGCUCAAAAUCGGGCACCGGCCAGGCAGACAUUAGAGCCUGCGAUGUCAAUAUUGCCAAUAGUCAGACUAAUUGUGGCAAAAAAAGCGGGGGUCAGGUUCCUUCAUACCAAAGAGGUACCUUCGUCUCGAGGGUGAAAUCCACGGCAUCAGAUCCCUCUCCACGACCAGGCUCCAACCGGCGGGGGAACUUGAGGCUGGUAGAGACUGGAGCCAUGUUAGAUCAGCCCCACCACAUCGUCUCUCGACUCCAACAAAGGCCACGCUUGGGACACUCGCAAAAGCAGACCGGAACCGCCAUGGCAACCUCGCAUAGAAGUGAAGAUGCCACGAGUGAUUGCUGCUCUGAACUGGAAACUGAGGCUUUCAAAGACAAUAGCUUGAAUGGAGAUUCGUUCGAGAACGUGGAGGCUACGGAAGUAAAGACGACCGAUGCUGUAGAAGAGUAUGGCUCAGUUCGGAAAGCAGAGGAAAAAUGGAAAAAUGCAUCACCACUUUUUCAUCAGCCAAUGAUAAAACAGGUGUUGUCGAGUAGACGCAUCAAAAAAGAACAGCCUCUUGGCAUUCUUGCAAGAGAGGGGAUUUCAGCACCAGAAAGAUAA